CAUUCGAAGCGGCAAGCCACGUCACCGUCCUCUCUCUCUCUCUCUCUGUGAAAAGCGACAAUGGCGACGCCGUCGGCGGCGGCGGGGGCGGCGGAGGACAAUAAGGCGGAGAAAGAAGGGAGCCAGCUGCUGGGCUCGCCGACGUUCACCGAGCUCGAAAACGGCCGAUUCAAGUGCGUGGAGACCGGGCACGAGAUGCUGACCAAGGACAUGGACCCCUACUCCCGCAGCAAGCGGUGCCGUCUGGGCCUCAUCGACUUCGCCCUGGUCCGCAAUAAGCCUCCCCUCAACAUGUUCAAGCAAGACCCGCUUUCCCGUUCAAAGUUAGUGUGCAAAUUGACUGGAGAUACAGUGAACAAAUCGGAGGAGCAUAUAUGGAAGCAUAUCAAUGGGAAACGGUUCCUCAACAAAUUAGAGCAGAAGGAAAUGGAAAAGCUGACGCCGAACAAGUUGAUGGAAGAAGUGGAUGAAAAGCCAAAAAAGGCAUUGAAACAGAAGAAAGACAAUUCAGAUAAGAAGCAGAAGAAGGAAAAGCAGAAGUCCGCUGGUCAAAUUAUUUCGGAAGUCAGAGACUCUGCUGAGAAUAGCAGUGACACAGAGGAUGCUGACUUCUGGAUGCCUCCGGCUGGAGAUCGUUGGGACUUUGAUGAUGGGGGAGAUAGAUGGGGAUCUGAUGCAGAGUCAGGGCAAGACAGUGAUGAAGAAGCCGAUGGAACAGAUGGUCUCAAUGAAGUUGACGACAAAGAUUCUGAAGAGAUUUCUGUGAGGACAAAAAGGAUGUCGAUUGAAAUUGGACCCAGCAGCUUUGCUUCACGGAAGAAGAAAAGUAGAAGAAAUCCAACUGAUUGAGGCCCUAGGCAGUGAUUCGUUUUUUUGGCAGGUUCAUUGUACUAGAUUGUUUGAAAUUUUCCAUCAAGGUUGUUUGUCUGAUCUGUUAAUGGAGAAGUCUCCGAUUAUGAAGCCAGUGAACUUUAAUUUCUAUUUGAAAAUGAAUGUUGCUUUUCUCUACCUUUAAA